AUCAAGCCGCAGCCCCCUCCCAGUGCGUGGGCUGGGCGCGCUGCUUGCCAGGCCAGUCUCACUCUGCGCGUGGAGAGGCACAUUGGCAGCAGGCACCCGUCCUGCCCCAGCGCCGAGCACAGCUCCCCACUGAUUCCCCACCAUGCAGCGACCCACCAUGCUCCUGCUCUGCCUGGCUCUCCUGGCCCACCAGCAGGCAGAUGUGAACGCCCGGCUACCCCAGGACUUUCCCCUGAAACACUCGUACCAGCCGCAAGAGAAACAACUGCUGGAGGAGCUGCAGGACGUGCUGGAGAAACUGCAGAGCAAGAGGAUUUCCACCUGGGAGAAGAAAUAUAACCAAGUCCCCAAGGUACCAUCCGGGGCUGCCCCGGCCCGUUCUGAUUCCGUGGCUAAAGGAUCCACUGCUCCAUGGGCCAGGCGUGCGCGGUGAAGAAGGGGGCCCGCAUCGGCAGGCUGUGCGACUGCCCCCGCGGAGCCACCUGCAACUCCUUCCUCCUCAAGUGCCUGUAGCCGCUGCCUGCGAGGGACCCCAGCCGCAGAUCACCUUCCCACGCUGCCGUGCGUCAUGCUGCACAUGCCUCCGCUCCACCUGGGCGGGGAGCCAGGCCGGCCGGCCAUGGCCACGCCACUCAGCAGAGCCCGGAGUAAGGGGGUGGUGAGAGACCGUGGCAUGGCCAGCGUCUGCCCCAGGAGGCUGCCGCAGGGCUGGGGUCUCCUGCGGUCUCCAGGGCAGCCCCAGGUGCCGGGCACACGCCCGCCCCCACCUUGGCAGCAGAGCAGGCUGCAGCUGCCCUUUGGACUACGGAGACGUGGCCACAGCCCCCCCUGGCACCACUCGGCCCUGCUGCCCUCCGGCCCGCAGAGCCACCCCCCUCCCGGCCACCAUGGCCCAGCCUCCAAGUCCCCUCCAGCACCGAGAGGGGGACACUUCGAAACAUGGGCUCCUGCAAUCAGACUCCUAAAUCCAGCUGUGAGCAGCCUGCACUCAGCACAGCUGAACCAGCUCUAUGCCCAGGGCCCCAACCCUGCCAAGACCUAGGCCCGUGUGCACCCUUAUCCGACUGCUCCAGGGGGCUACUACUUGCCCCGGUCCCUAAAGCACUUAGCAGGGCUGAAGCCCCACGAGGGAUUCAGGUGCCUGAGCCCAGCCUCCUGCUCCUCCAGCCCCCCACUUCCCAGGGGUGCUGCUCGGCCGCUUGCACGUCACCCAUGAGAUGAUGAAACCAGGGCCACGGGUUUUGUCUUCUUUCAGUUGCUGCCUGCAGCCCCCUAGCACACCCCGCUGCUCGCCUGGCUCCCCCACCACUUGCCCCCUUAGCCAGAGGCCUCGACCUUACAGCCAAAUCAAACCAUUGCAUUGAAAGGUUUUUUAAUGACAUUCCUGGUUCCAUUCAGUUUUGUAAAAGCCUUUUGAAGAAAAUAAACCCUGACUGUUCGAGCUAAGCCAA